AUAAAUGUAUAUAGUCUUCUCGUAUUCAAAUAUUUAAGGCCUUUGGACUUUUUUUUUUUAAAGUCUAAUAAUUAAACAUUCAAACACACUGCCUACAAACCACUCAGCUGAAGCCAGAACCUUUCUGCAUUUAUUUUCUAAGAAGGAUAAUAAGUGCCCAGUGGUGUGAGAGUCCCAUUAACUAUUUCCAGGGUGUUUACAAAAGUCACUUUCCCUACAACACAAAAGAGAUCGGGAACCAUUUAAACCCAUGAGGGCAAAGAGCCAGCUAGCUCCACUCAUUUUUGAAAUAUUUUAUCCGGCAACUACAAGAAAAUAAAAUUACCAAGAAAUUCAUGUAGGGCCAAAAAUAUCAAUAUAUUGGAACACAAUAAACCCUUAACAACCCAUAAAUUUAUUCAGGGUUCUCACAUAGAAGCCAUAAAGUAUGCUGAGGUCUUCCUCAGAACUUCUGUCACAGGCACGUAGCUCAUAAAGGACAUUUAUCAGAAGACAUCAGGCACUGCAUCACAGGAGUGGCGUUGUUUCCCAAUGAAAUUAUCAAAAUAAAAAAUUCGGCGUGCAACAAGAGGAACCCAGAACACUACAGCAGCUUAAAAAAAAAAAAAAAAAAAAAAAAAAAAAAAAAAAAAAAAACAACAACUUUCCACCAUCGUAAUGCAAACGUAAAAAAAUUACCAAGUACUUCCCCAGGCCUCAUGAGGGGCUUCAAGAAAGCAGGGAGUGAGGAAUUUUCGCUUUUUUUUUCCCGAGACACAGCUGUGGUGCUACAGGACAGCUCCUAAAACACGAGAGCACCUCAGGAAGGUCUGACCACUUCCCAACAUUUUAUUACACUCAUUAAUUAUUACCUGCCCCUCCCAUCACCUUGGGCCCGCCCACACGAGUUCCCCCCGCCGCCAUCUUGUGCCUGCCUGAGGGGCCUCAGGAAAGCACACGGCGGGAUUUCUUUUGCUUUUCUUCCUUGAGACUUGUCUGUGGUACCACCGGCGAGCUUCCAAAGGACGAGAGAAGAAGAUCCUUCCCUCAGGGAGUGUGUGCGCACUUGCCAACAUUUAAACGCGUUCUCGCCAUCUUGUGCCCCCCUCAUGAGCUCCCGCCCUUCCCGCCGCCGUUGCCCCGCAACGCCCGAGCGGCCGCGGCGGACCCCGGGUUCCAGCGGGGCUGAGGCGGCCCGGCUGCGGCGCCAUGGAGCCCGGCAACUUCAUAGCGCAGGACAACUACUGGAAAAAACAUGUUGAAAAGGAAGAAGAUGCUGCUAAAAGAUGGGCUGAGAAAUGGGGAUUUUUGAAAACAUCUCCUGAGGAGUUGAUUGGAGAUGAAAAGAAAGAAGACGCAAAGCCCAAGCUUCAGCUUCCAGAUCACCUGCAGAUUCGACCUGUGACACCUGUAGAAAAAUACAUUAAGGUGCUUCCAUCUCCUCCAGUACCUAAAACUACCCAGGGAUUUAUUGGCUGGAGAUCAGGUGUUCCAGCACUGGCACUUGAACACAAUUUUCAAAUCCAAAGCUCCAAAGGAGCUGUCUGUAGUAUGAAGUGACCGUGUGAGCCCUCUGAGUGACAUUAGGAAAUAAAGAAGCACAGAGAUCCAUCUGCAUUCCUAAGGAGAUAUCCAGUAGUGGACUGUUGGACUGUUGAUCAUUUCUGCUGUUUAUGUAAAAAUCCAUAAACAUUUUGGUAAAGUGUGAACAUUUUCAUUUUACUUAAUUGAAUCUAUGGUAUCAAAGCUGCUAACUCUGCUUCAGAGCUUCUGCUUUUAACUUAGAAAUAACAAUAAACUCAGAUGAAGAUCACAGAGCACAUUCUAUUUUUAUUAGCACUAAUAGGACUAUAAUUUAAAAACAUUAAUUGGAAGUUGGAAUGACAGUGCAAAUUUUUAUUGUUGUUUCUCCAUGAGGACCUCUACUCAUAAAAUACUCAUGAAAUACACUGGGCUUUGUGUUGGGUGUGCUUUGCAGGUAUUUUGUGUAGUUACACACAUAAGUGAGUAGUUCCCAGUAAGGAAAUAAAG